AUGACUGCUCAAAGCAGGCUCUGCUCGAAACCGGACAUACGGUUGCCUAUCACUCGCUCUAUCUUACAUAAAUUGGUGCAGGCUUUAAAUCACACCAUCACGCCCGCCUAUCAGAUUUUAUUAUUCCAAACAAUGUUUCUAGUGGCUUUUUAUGGAUUUUUUCGAGUGGGUGAACUAACGACCAAGACACCUGAGCGGCGACAUUCUGUUCUCCAGUUUCAGUCACUGUCUUUUCUAAAAUCACGCAAUGAAGUACAGGCCGCCAAACUUGUCAUCACGGAUUAUAAACAUAACACAACCGGGCGUCCUUUUUCCAUAAUUAUUCACCGAGAGUCGACCGUACACUGCUGUCCUUUUGAUUUUUUACUACGCUGGUGCCGGAUGAGAGGGUCCAACUCUGGUCCACUUUUUUGCCUAGCUGACGGCUCAGCCGUCAAAACGGAGGUCUUUACGCGGCAGCUCAAAGGAGCCCUUGGUUUUUAUGAUUUAGACUGUUCCAGUUACAAAUCGCACUCUUUUCGCGUUGGUGCAGCUAGUCUGGCAGCAGAAAACGGCAUGUCUGACGCGCAGAUUCGGGGUCUUGGUCGUUGGAAAUCCGAUGCAUUCAAGUUGUACAUACGAUCGCCAACUGCGUGGGCAAACUAA